CGCGCGUCGGGUCUGCACCGCACGAAGAAAUGGGGUCCACAUCUCACAGGCACGGGGGGCGUGAGGGGCAGCGGCCGGCGGCCUCGCGUUCCCCAGCGGCGCCCGCGCCCACCCCGACUUCUCCCGCCGGCCUGCGCCCCGCCUCCUGCGGCCGAAACCCGAACCCGCGAGGCCGCUGGCGUCGGCGCUCACACCUCCCGCCCCCGUCGGCGCGGCGCCCGGCUGUGCGCAUGCGCGCGCCUGGGUUCCCGGAUGGGCCUCCGGAGACGGCGGAGCGCCGGGUGGGCGGCGCCGCCCGAACCCUUGGCCGAGCGCCCAUCGUGUGCUCUCUAGCUGGACAGCUCCCUGAGACUGAGCACCGUCUGUCUCGCUCCCAGAUUCCGCAGGGGACCAACGUGCUGGCAUCUGGGAUGCUCCGCGAAUGCUUGUUGAAUGCGUGAAUGAACCGCAGGAUGUUUGCCAAGACACUCCUGAUGGCUGGAAGCACGUGAGAUUCUGGAUGCAAUUUCUUAACUUCAUAUUUUUCUGUACAUUCCAAGUCUUUUCUUUCAGUGUGCAAGGAUUACAUUAGAAUUAGAAAACAAUAAAGACAUGCACCCC